CCGCCCCCGCCCCUCAGCCGGCGGAGCCGGGCCGGGCAGCCGGAGCUCCGAAUGGGGCGGCCGGGGCGGCGCUGCUCGGCCUGAGGAGAGCCCGCCGGCGGCUCCCUGCCGGAGGGGGCCGAGCGCGGACGGCCGAUGGCCGGGCGAGAGGACGGCCGGGACUGGGCGUACAGGGUUGAUCCAUAUGGAUUUGAAAGGCCAGACGACUUUGAUUACGCAUCCUAUGAAGCUUUCUUUUCCAGAUACCUAGUGGUACUCACAAGAAGAGCAAUAAAAUGGUCCAAGCUCCUAAAGGGGAAAAACAGCAUACAGAAGAGUUUAAAAGUGAAAAGAUAUAUCAGGAAAGGCAUCCCCAAUGAACACCGUGCGUUGAUCUGGAUGAUUGUGAGUGGGGCCCAAGCCAACAUGGAACAAAACCCUGGAUACUACCACAGGCUGCUCGAAGGAGAGAAAAAUGACAAGCUGGUCGAAGCAAUCAAAACAGACAUGAAUAGAACAUUUCCAGAUAACAUAAAAUUCCGCAAAACGGCUGAUCCCUGCCUGCAGCAUACGCUCUACAAUGUAUUGGUAGCAUAUGGGCACCACAAUAAAGCAGUAGGAUAUUGUCAGGGCAUGAAUUUCAUAGCUGGAUACCUGAUUCUUAUUACAAAGAAUGAAGAGGAGUCCUUUUGGUUGCUAGAUGCUCUUAUUGGAAGAAUAUUGCCUGAUUAUUACAGCCCGGCGAUGAUGGGCCUGAAAACCGACCAGGAGGUCCUGGGAGAGCUGGUGAAACUGAAAGUUCCCGCUGUGGCAGAGCUGAUGGAAAGACACGGGGUCAUGUGGACCCUGGUGGUGUCACGCUGGUUCAUCUGCUUGUUCAUUGACAUUCUUCCAGUAGAGACCGUGCUCCGAAUAUGGGACUGUUUGUUCUACGAAGGGUCAAAGAUCAUCUUCCGCGUGGCCUUAACGUUAAUUAAGCAACACCAAGCUUUUAUUUUGGAAGCCACGAAUUUCCCUGACAUUUGUGAUAAAUUCAAGCAGAUCACCAAAGGAACGUUUGUAACAGAGUGUCACACCUUCAUGCAGAAAAUAUUCACAGAACCUGGAACCUUGUCCAUGACAACAAUCGACAAACUCCGAGAGACUUGCAGAGAAAAGCUUUCUCAGGGAUAACUCAGCAGACGGUCAGAUACUACAGAAAUAGACACAUUCCUCUACUUGCACUGACUAAAGCACACUUUAAGCUUUCCAUGAGUUAACUGACAGUUGACCAAUUUUUUUUCCUGCCUUUCAAGUAAGUGUUGUUAACACUUUGUACUGUAUGUCAGAAUUGAUAACUGGAAAUAGUGGAACGGGUGGUUGUGUUGUUUUUUUUUUUUUAAAGGAUUAAAGUGUUUUCAGAGUAGAAUGUGAUCAAAGUCUAGACACUCCUUUUAAAAAAAUCACUGUCCUAGUCUUUUCAGGGCAUUUUGUAAUGUUUAAGAACAGGUGUAUAGAAUUACAUAUCCUUCCUUACUGUUAACUGUGACACCUCUUAUCAUUUGUACAAAAUAAAUCUAAUUUAAUUUGUCAGAA